AUGCUGAUUUUAAAAGUUGACCAGGGAUUUCUAGUUGUGGGGUGUUUGCGAGGCAUGGCUUUCAUUUGUACUUGCUUAUUUCUGUCUUGUUACAGUGCCAGCAGUGUGUGGGGAAAUCAGCACAGUGACACCAGUAUCUAUUUGGAUAACAUCACGCGCAUAUUGGAUAGAUUACUGGAUGGGUAUGACAACAGGCUCCGACCUGGAUUUGGAGGUCCAGUUACAGAGGUCAAAACUGACAUCUUCGUCACCAGCUUUGGACCUGUCUCAGAUGUUGAGAUGGAGUACACCAUGGAUGUGUUCUUCCGUCAGACAUGGAUUGACGAAAGGCUGAAAUUUGAGGGCCCCAUCGAGAUCCUGCGGCUCAACAACCUGAUGGUCAGCAAGAUCUGGACGCCGGACACCUUUUUCCGGAAUGGCAAGAGGUCGAUCUCUCACAACAUGACCACCCCCAACAAGCUGUUCCGCAUCAUGCAGAACGGAACUAUCCUGUACACCAUGAGAUUAACUAUAAAUGCAGAGUGCCCCAUGCGUCUGAUGAACUUCCCGAUGGACGGACAUGCCUGCCCGCUCAAGUUUGGGAGUUAUGCUUACCCCAUCAGUGAGAUUGUGUACACAUGGAAGAAAGGUCCUCUGUCUUCUGUCGAGGUGCCAGAGGAAUCAUCCAGCCUGCUGCAGUACGAUCUCAUCGGGCAAACAGUGUCAAGCGAGAGGCUAAAGUCCAACACAGGUGAAUAUGUCAUCAUGACUGUCCACUUCCAUCUGCAAAGGAAAAUGGGCUUUUUCCUGAUUCAAACUUACAUUCCCUGUAUUAUGACUGUCAUCCUGGCCCAAGUCUCUUUCUGGAUUAAUAAGGAAUCAGUUCCAGCUCGGACUGUCUUUGGUAUCACCACUGUUUUGACCAUGACCACACUCAGUAUCAGCGCCCGCCACUCACUCCCCAAAGUCUCCUAUGCUACAGCCAUGGAUUGGUUCAUUGCAGUUUGCUUUGCCUUUGUCUUCUCUGCCCUGAUUGAGUUUGCGGCCGUCAACUACUUCUCCACCCUGCAGGCCAACCGGGAAAUGCGGAAGGCAGCGGCCAUGAAGGCAGCAGCUCAGGAGGCAGCAGCUGCAGCUCCAGCUGCGGCCACAGGGAACGAUGGGGAGGUUUCCUCAGUGGAUGCCAGUAGUAUGUUGAAGAAGAGAAUGAACUCUGCCCCGCUGUUUGACCGCCCUGCCAAAACUUUCCCCAACCCACCCGUCAAUGCCCAAGCGUUCUUACAGCAGGGUUCAGCUGUACCGGCCAACAAUGUUCUGACUGGCACCAGCAUCAUCGACAAAUACUCACGCAUCCUCUUUCCCCUUUCGUUUGGCGCCUUCAACCUGGUCUACUGGAUUGUCUAUCUCACCAAGGACACCAUGGAGAUGUCCAGGUGA